UGCGAGGGGCAGGCUGGAGUCGAGUUUUAGUGGUGUUGGAUUUGGUCCGGUCGUCAGUUGUGUUGAGGCUGUGCUAGGUUACAUCAUCCCUUUGCUGUCCCGCAGUGCCGAAAUAUCACGCCCACCCCCUCCGCCGCCCGCACUCCCCUUUGGUGCCCAACUUUACCCAUAACCUCGAUCGGAUUGCUUUUGUUUGGUUGUACGUGAGUGGCGGAAAAAAAUAAAUCGGACGAGAUUGAUCAGAGAGAGAGGAAGCAACGACGACCACCUUACAGCAUCUCUCCUCCCUGUUUCCUCUUCCUCUGUCUGUCCUGUUUCCCUCUCUCCGCCUCUCGCUCUCCCUCUCUCUCUCUCGGCCUCAAUGACGCGAUGUAGUGGUUAUGAGUUAAAGAGAAAAUCCUAGAAAAAGUGUGGGGGUCGUCCGAGUGAAUGUUAAAGUUUCCCACUCCAACGACACACACAUGAAGAGGCCGACACAUCGACGCAGAGGGUCGCCGCACGGGAGGAACCACCACACUACCAACAACAAUAAUAACAACAACAACAACAGCAACAACAACAUCGACCGAUUACAGUCGCCCCAACGCUGCUUCAACGACCACCACCUGUACCUGUACGACUUCCGCUAAAUACGACCGGCCGAGAAGAGAACUCGCCGCCAAAGCCGCCUAUGAAAUUGCUCUUUGGGUCGAUCGCUUUGUGCGGCCCCGACUGAGACGCGUCUGCGACAAGAACUCUCGGUUCACAUUCAUGAUUCUCGAAAGGUUUCCCUGAGGAUACUUGGUUCAAGUUUUCCCUUUUUUAUACCUGUGAGUUCUUUCCGAACAACCCCGAACAAAGAUGGAUAUGGGUGGCAUGGAACAAGCUGGACAAGCCAGUGCUGGUGGGUACAUGAACCGCUGGUACGAUGGCUCUGAAAGUGGGCAUUCGGGCCUCCACCAGGAUUAUUAUAAUAGCAUGGCACAGGCCAUGCACUGUGCCUAUGGAAACAAUAUGGCCGCACGCAUGGGCACUGGGCAGGUUUUCCGGCCCCACUUCGCCUCUCCGCUGCACCCGUGGCUCGGAGGAGAUAAAUCAGUGGUGGGAGGCUCCUCUCCGUCGUGGCAUUCACCCUUCACCAAACCUCCUCACUACGCCCACGCCCAUUCCUCCACCUCGCCAGCCCCUCACUCCAACUCAUACUCGUAUUCUUCGUCGGGCCUCUUCGCCACGGCCUUUUCCAAGGACGAGGCCAUGGCAGGAGGAACAGGGGGCGGUGGGCCAGUCUCCGACUACUCCAUGGGAGGGAGCGGGGACGGAUCAGACCUGAAGAGCGCGCCCAUGCUGUCUCCCUUGGGCGGCUGCGUCAACAAGAGCGGGCGUGAAGGUGCGGGUUAUUCCUCCACAUCGGGGGUGGGUGGGGGCGGAGGGGAGGCCUCAGCCACGCCCUUACUUCCCUCCUACCCCCCUUACCCUGGCUCCCUGAGCGGGGGUCCAGAGUUCCCCAACCCCUACUAUCCGCCCUCCUCACAUUUCAACAAGGCGCUCGCCCACGACAAGCCCAAAUCCAAACCUCGAUCUUCCGCCGAGGGUCGGGAAUGCGUCAACUGCGGAGCGACGUCGACGCCCCUUUGGCGUCGGGACGGCAACGGCCACUACUUGUGCAACGCCUGCGGCCUCUACUACAAGAUGAACGGCCAAAACAGACCGCUCAUCAAACCCAAGCAGCGAAUGUCAGCUCAACGGCGAGCCGGGACGAGCUGUGCCAACUGCAAAACCACGACGACCACACUCUGGAGACGCAACCAGAAUGGCGAGCCCGUCUGCAACGCUUGUGGGCUCUACUAUAAGCUACAUAAUGUGCCUCGGCCGCUUUCCAUGAAGAAGGAAGGCAUCCAGACCCGCAACCGAAAAUUGAGUUCGAAAUCGAAGAAGAAGAAGGGAAUGCUCGGUUUCCCUGACAUGCUGAAGCCUUUGGACAAAGGAGGUUUCGGGGGUUUUGGCACGGGAGGUUCAGGCUUCGGAUCCAUGUCCCAUUACAUGUACGGAGGACAGAUGCACGGUUCUUCCAUGGCCGGAGGCUUCAUGUCAGCGCCGCCCAUGCACGGGAUGUCAAUGUCGGGCGUGGGCCUGGGUCUCUCUUCCACAUCUCAGAUCCAGAUCCCCUCGGCGUCCAGUUUAGGUCUCUCUUCGUCCAACAGUAUAGUAGGUGCGAUGGCCUAGGGACACGCCUCCGCCGACGGCCGCAGUAACCUGCUUGCCAGUCUCAGUCGGGAAGGCGCCGCAGCCGCUGCUUGUUUCGCUUCUGCCACGCAGGCGAUGGAAGUAGCGGAACCUCAGCCUUCCUAUAGCGGUGCCCACCUCUACUCCUCCGAGGGCGUGUCGAGUUCCUCCGGUGGUUUAGGUGGUGGGCGCAGCGGCACUGGCCAAGCAGGAUGCGGAGAUGGGGGCACAAGCAGUGGUUACCUGGGGUCUAACGUGCCCCACCACCUGUCCUCCUCUUCGGGUGCCACCUGAUGUGGUGCUCGCAGCAGCAGCAGUCGUCGCGCGGACCAACUGCACAGCAGCCCAGUCGGCGUCCAAGUCUUUCAGGUGCUAGUGAUGUAGGCAGAGAGUGUCCAGGUGUCUGUGGUGUGUCCUGAACUCGGUCACACUCGCAGUCACUCCCCCUUCAAGCGUGCGGUCUUCACCUCAUUCCACUGACGCUGUGAUUAGCAUUACCUUUCUGAGGUCACUAUUUAUUAGAAGGCGUGAGAAAGAGAACUGACGGAGAAAAAACCAAGAGGAAAGGAAAGCCAAAAAUAAAGCAUGCUGGCGGAUGCUCCUUGGCCAAGUGACAGAUAAUGAGUCGACUUCAAAAUGACCUAUGAAAGAGACGAAUGCCCACUUCCGGAAAAAUGAAAUGAAAUAAAAAAGAAGGAAGCACAGGCCUAUGAAUCAGUGAUGAGCGGAAAGACGUGGAUGAAACAAUUUGCCAGGUGUCGUCUGAAGCAACUUAGCCAGGUUGUGCUGGGUUUAGGCCUAUCUGUCUGUUCCCUGGCCCACCGCUGGGGUCUUUCCUGCAUACCCAUUUUUUUUUUCUGCACAGUGGCAAGUGUGGACUAAUGAGUCUCCUCUUAGAAAGAAAAAUACUUUAUAAAUUAACCCCUCCUGACUUCUGAAGUCGGAUUCUGAUAUUAGUAGCAUCUACUAAACAGUGCAUAAUGUAUAAAAACGAGCCAAUGUUCAUUGGAAUUAAACAUAAAAACAAAAAAUCAAGAAAAAAAACUUGGUUGACCUUGGGACAGGUCAAAAGGUUAGUUUGUUUGUUUGUGUGCGUCGGAGGACGCACGGAAUCUUGUACAGUACGAAUGGCGAGAUGUAGAUAAGUGACUGAAUGUAAAUUUGUUUAUCUCUAUAAUUACUAGUCGGCUAUUUUUAUUAUUAUAACGUGUUUCCUUGCUGCAUUUACCCUGGCCAAAAUACAAAUAAUGUUACAUUUUGAAUAAUAUUUUGUCCAGUAACAUGAAUCUUUAGAAACAAAUAUAUUUGUAUAUUUAAAGCAAUGACAUUGACUUUAUAUCACAAAGUAAUUAAAUGUAAAUAUAAUGCUAUAUAUAUGUAGACUAUGUGACACUUUUAGUGCACAUGAGAUUAGGUAAGUACAUGGAGGGAGAAAAUGGGAAUUCAGUUUCACUCCGCUGAAAAACAAAACACGGAAAAUUCACUUCUGGUGUGCUCGUACCUAAGGCUCAUCUUCACUUGUCACAAAACGCGUCUCUGGCCAGGGUAAGGACGAAGUUUCUGUGGUUUCUGGAAUAUUUAUGUAGUAUGCGAGACUUACUCAUUUGUUUGUAACCAUGAAUAGCAUCUCAAAAAUCAUCAAGAGAUUUUUGUGCUGUACUGUGAUGCGAACAUCGUCCAGGGUUGAUUAGCACUCAAAGGAAUACAAGGGAAGAAGAAGAAGUCGUGUUCAUCUGGGUCGGACUCAUCCGUUUUAUUUCUAUUUUCGAAAAAAGACCAACAUUUUCGAUCGCAGUGCUUUGGUAGCUUUCGACCAGGCGAGCAGGAUGAAGGUGAUUCAGUCCUCGUCUGUUUUGAUUCCAAACAAGCAUAUACCGAUACAUGUUUGUAUAUAUAUAUAUAUAUAUAUAUAUAUAUAUAUAUAUAUAUAUAUAUAUAUAUAUAUAUAUAUAUAUAUAUAUAUACUUGUGCAUAUAUGUUCUUAAAUACAGUUAUAUUUAUUAUACGAGAAAACAAUGUGUACUUAUAUGCAUGUAUUUACUGUAUAAAUAUGUGUAUGUAUGCUCGUAAAUACGUGUAUAUGUAUCAUAUGUUUGCACAUGUAUAUGUUUAUAUGUAUAUAUAUAUAUAUAUAUAUAGAUAUAUAUAUAUAUAUAUAUAUAUACGUAAAUAUAUGUAUAUACAUGCAUAUAUAUAUGUAUAUGUACGUAUAUAUAGGUAUAUAUACAUAUGUCAUAUAUGCGUUUAUUUUCUGACUACAUGAAAAUGCACACAUUUAACGGAAAGCGCCAAGCCUGUGAAUAGUACAUAAAUAUAUAUUUCACGCUUUAAAACCUUGAUCAAUACUCAUGGUUUGAGAUCUUCCGACAAAACUUGAACUACCUUUUUUUUGCAGUUUGAAAUUAAUUUAUCAUACCACCUUAUUUUCUAACUUGUUAAGUGAUACGUAAAUUAUGUCGUUUAAUUACCUCAGCAUAUAUGGUAUACAUAUUUAACCCGCAUUUCUGAGUGUUAAUCUUCUGAGUUAAGUUGUGUGUGUGUAAGACACCAGACAAAACUCUGUCAUUUUUUUCUUUUUUUAUCUUUUUUUUUUACUUCUAUCAUAUUAAAACUAGAGGUUUUAAUGGAUGUUUAUUUAACUGCUUACAAGUCCAGUAAUGGUAAAGGACAGUGAAACUACUUAAUGUAUGUCUUUUCUAUUGUAUUGUAUUUAUUGAUUUUUUCAGUAGAAAGCCACAAAAAUUUUGACAGCCUACUUAAUUAACUUGAGGAAAAAUUCUUAAUUCAACAUACACAGAUCCACCAGUAAAAUAGCGAUCAUUUUUGAGCAACAACGAAUUUGCGAUCCAGAAAAUGAGCAUUUCAAGAAAUAGGAAUUAUGGCAUCACGACAUUUAUGUUUUGAUUGAAUAAAGAUUUGUAUAAUGAU